CUGUGAUCAACAAACAGAGCCACAGAGAGAACCAUUGCUAAGCGCGGAUCAGACAGUCUUUGCUAUUACGUACAUACAUACAAACAUAUAACUUCACGCCUUGGUUAUUGUUGUGGUUAGUUAUCCGGUUACACUCUAACAACAACUGCAGCAUUGCACGAAGAAGCGACUGUUGGCAGUGUGAAGGAAGGCUUUACGACUGAAUUGUUUGUGCCAGCAAGUGAUAACAGCGGUUGGAUUAUUGUAGCUGUUGAAUUGAAAUAAAAUUAAAUUAAAACUCAACGGACCAAGCCAAUUAAGCGAAAUUUAAACGUGGCAUUAAAUUAGCAGAACGUUUGAGUUAAGUUCUUGCGCAUUGGUCGUUGGCGGUCAGUGCGGCGCUCGUUGUGGUUAAGCGCGAAUUUUAAAAUAAUUAAGUUUUUUUUUGUGUGAUUCACGACUUUGCUAAAAUGUGCGAUAAAACUAGUAAGGCUUUGGAGUUGCUAUUGUUGUUGCUGCCAUUGCUGGUAAUUACUAACAAGUGUGCUUCGGCAGCGAUUUUGGAGCCCAUGCGCGAUCUCGAAUUCAAUGGGGAUAUUGGCAGCGAUGUACUUGCAAAUUUGGAGCAAGAAACCUACAAUGAGCGCCUGAGAGAGCGCAAUAUGAAUCAAAUCAUGAAUAUGGAUGAGGAAAUGGAAGACGAAAGUGAAGAUGAUGAAUUCUGCGUGUGGCAUAAAUGUGACAAUGAUUUGCGCGCGUCGCGUGGCUUCAAAAAAUACUUUGAUUUUUCAUUUCUCAAGAAGUUCAUGAGUCAUUUGAAUCCCUUCGGAAUGUCGCGCAUGAAUAUGAAUUUCUAUCUGUUCAAACAGGAUUUCCCCGAUUGUGGACGUGAGCUGCGCCUAAGCGAUACGCGUGAAGAUAUAUUGUACGCCGGCUUCAAUCCACGACAACCGACGCGCAUCAUUAUACACGGCUGGAUGAGUCAAUCGCGCGGCUCCUUCAAUCGCGAUGUCAAGAAUGCCUACCUGAAACGCGGCGAUUUCAAUGUGAUUGUUGUCGAUUGGAGCGCCAGCGCCACCAAUGUCAAUUACUUUGCGGUUGUCAAGAUGAUUGAGGGCUUUGGCGCACAAUUGGCACGCUUUACACAGCACCUGAAGCGCAGCGUUAACGCUGAUUACGAUGAUAUGUACUUGAUAGGACACUCGCUGGGUGCGCAAAUCGCUGGCGCUGCUGGAAAGUUGAUCAAACCGGCGCGCUACAACACCAUCUUUGCCUUAGAUCCUGCCGGCCCGAAGUUUCGUCAUCGCAGCGCCGAAUUUCGCAUAGAUCCCACCGAUGCCAAGUAUGUCGAAUCAAUACAGACUAGCGGCAAUUUGGGUUUCCUGGAACCCACCGGCAAUGCGACUUUCUAUCCAAAUUAUGGCUUUUAUCAGCGUAGAUGCUACUAUGUGGGUUGUUCGCAUAUACGCGCCUAUAAAAUGUUUGCCGAGUCCAUUACAACGAAUGUGGGUUUCUGGGGCACGCGCUGCAAGCGACGCGAACCAGAAUGGGAAUGCAACGAAGAGGCGCCGGCAAGUGAUUUGUAUCGCAUGGGUGGUGAGCCGGCGCAAAAGAAGAGUGGUAUUUUUUAUGUGAAGACGAGCACGAAUUCGCCUUUCGCGUUGGGUUCCAAUUGGAAAGACGGAGAAUGACCGGACCGGGUGACAAGUGGGAGAAAUAGUGGUAAUCUUGAUAUGUGAGAUCAGUAGUCACAGCAUUAUAAACUGUGAUAUUUUAAGUAGUUUAAUUUAUUUUAUAUUGCAUUUUGCCAAAAACAACGAAUUCAUCAACUCUUGCAUUUAGUCAUUUAUAAAAGUAGUACUUUGUACUUUAAGAACAAAUCGAAUUAUUUUUGUAAAAUAAAAUGUUUAUUUUGUAAAAAGAAGUCUUAUGCUUGCUUGGUGCUGUAACCGCCGAGCUUUAUUUGAUUUCAAAAGGCUCGAGGAAGUCCUUCCUAGCUCCUUCCUUCGUGGUUACAUUUGCGUUACAUGAGCUUUGAUUGAGGUUAUAUUUAUAUGUGAACAUACUUUUACGUCAUUCUGUUAAACUACUAUAAAUAAAA